AUGUCCUUUCCUACCGAUGACCCUUCACAGCUGUCUUUCGAAGGAGAUUUUCCCUUGGACGAAAAUACCGAUGGAGGUGCCCGCCGAAACCCUCGAACCAAUGCUGCAACGGCGGCUUCUGCUGCCGGAGUACGUGCCCUUAGCGCCCAGGCUGUAGCUUUCUAUUUCCGCGCUCCAGUCAAGGCCUUCUUCCGCACCCGCGUGGACUACAUGGUUCUUGCUCGAGCCAUCAACCCUCGACUUGCAGAGGGUGCAGCCUGGUCAUGGAAAACUACUACACCAGGACUGCUCGCGCAUGCAGUGCGCAUCUAUGGCUGGAGAUUUAUUCCAUAUCAAGUUUUGCCGCCUUUGGUUGCAAACGUUAGUGUUGGAGCUGUUCUAUACACGUCGUACCUUCAGAUUCUAAGCAGUUUGCAUGGACCGACAUCAAUGGCAAAUAAGCGCAUAUAUCCACCACCCUCCCCUCUUGACACAUUUACCGCUGGUUUUGCUGCAGGUACUAUCCAAUCUGUCAUUGCCGCGCCGUUGGAUGCUAUUCAAGCACGCUUCAAAUCGGAUGAACUGCUUAAUGGCAAACAUAGGAGUGCUUGGCACCACUGGAAAAAUAAAUUAAGCGAAAUCGGACUGAGAGGAACAUUUUCUGGUUGGAGUCUAUCCUUCCUAAAAGAUAGUUUCGGCUCGGCACUCUUCUUUUGCUUAUUCGAAACGGUGAAAUCCCAGGGGUAUUAUUCCUUUGUAACGCGCUACUACGGCUCUCUACAACCAAUGGUGGUAGAGAAAUUAUCAACCACCGCAAAUCAUCCUGGUGAUAUCCCGGUGAUUCGACCACAUUAUGCACUUGAGCCAUGUUUCUUGAUGCUGGCAGGAGUAACGGCAUCGAUCGGACAACAGGCUGUGUUACACCCGAUCGGACUAGUUCAGAGUGUGUACUACAGGCGGUUGGAGCAGCUGGACUGCCGGCUGAGCCGAGUGCAGUCGAAUCGAGACCUGAUGCAACGCCGGCUUGAUGCAUAUCAAGAGACGUUUGAGCGGUGCCGACAGCGAGCGCAGCGCGCUGAGGGUUGGAGGGCGUGGUUAUUUCGUGGGUUCCUUUGGAAUACCAUCCGGCAGGUGCCUAGCACAAGUGCAGGGCUUGUGAUUUUCGAACUGGUGCGGCGGAAGUAUGGACUUCCCGCCGAGGCCAUCCAUAUCAAAAAGGACGGCUAUGACAUUCUUCUGACAUGA